AUUCGUCAGUGUGGGAAAAGAAGUGUGUCUGACUACAAUUUUGAAAGCUGAAGAGCUGACAGUAUUCCAAGAUGGCGCCAGUUCCUCAAGAGCACACUAUUACGGAGGCGCCCACUCCCAAGACCUUGGGACUGGACCAGGAGGCGGUGGUCAUAUCUGGCAUGGCCGGCAUCUACCCGCAGUCGCACAGCGUCAACGAUCUCUCUAACAUCCUUUACAAUAAGGUGAAUCCCAUAACUUCUGACAAGUCAAGAUGGGUGUACAACCACCCCGAGCUGCCGGCAUAUCUGGGGAAAGUUCCGGAGCUGAAGACCUUCGAUGCUCAAUUCUUCAAGGUCCACUUCCGACUUGGAAUCAACAUGGAUUCCAUGUGCCGAAAGCUGCUCGAGCAAACGUAUCAGGCUAUUUACGAUGCAGCCUUGAGUCCUGAACAUCUUUCUGGCAAGAAAGUUGGAGUUUACAUCGGGUCGUGUUUCUCUGAAACUGAAAAGGCCAGUUUCUACGUUUCUAGCUCCAGAACCGGGUUUGGUAUCGCUGGGUGCAGCAAAGCUAUGUUCGCCAACCGUAUUUCCUACUGGCUGAAUCUGAAGGGACCGUCGAUGUCUAUUGACGCGGCUUGCUCCAGCUCCAUGGUAGCUCUGGAGCGGGCGUACCAGGCCAUCAACACCGGACAGUGUGACGCAGCCAUCGUCGGGGGAUCCAACCUUUGUCUGCAUCCACAAUCCUCGCUGCAUUACGGAAGAACAAUGACCCUCUGCAUGGACGGUAAAACCAAAUCCUUUGACAAGAACGCAGAUGGUUGCGCACGCUCUGAUGCUAUCAACGUUCUGUUUUUGCAAAAAGCCAAGGAUGCUAACAGAAUUUACGCAGAAGUAUGCUACGUGAAAAGCGAAUUCGGACCUCUGGUGGACGAGUCAGGCCAAAAAUACGGCCCAUACCGUGACCCAAUGCAACUUUCCAGUUUCAUGAAAAGAUUUUAUGAUGAAGCUGGAAUAUCUCCAAAUGAUGUGGAAUACGUUGAGGCUUUCGGCUCAGCUAUUCCCGAUGCGGACAAGAGUGAACUAGAAGCCAUAAGCCAUGUCUUCUGUAAAGACCGGCCGUCGCCACUGCUAGUCGGUAGCGUCAUGUCUAACAUGGGAUACUCUGAGGCUGCUGCAGGGACAUCCGCUGUUACAAAGGUGCUAUUGGGCUACCAUCAUGGUGAACUGGCUGCCAACUUGCACUGUGAGAAUCCCCGUGAUGAUGUUGUGGCUUUACGUGAAGGGAAAAUGCGCAUUGUCACAGAGCACCAACGAUUCCAGCGAUCUUACGUGGCCGUAAACAACAUAUCGCUUUCAGGACUCAAUGUUCACGUCUUGCUACAUGGACACUACAAACCAAAGAAUUUGUUGAAGUAUCGCUCAAACAUUCCGCACUUGGUUGCUGUAUCUGGAAGACAAGAGUCAGCUGUCAGCAAAAUCCUUGAUGAUUUGAAGAAACGACCCGUUGACCCUGAGGAAAUUGCUCUAUUCCACAAUAUUCACGAAAACAACAUUCCCGGCCAUUUGGGCAGAGGCUUUUCGAUUCUUGGAACAAAUGAGGAAGGCAAAACUGUGAGCCUUGUAGAGAAGGUAGACUACUAUGACGAUGCUAAACGCCCACUGUGGUUCGUCUACAGUGGUAUGGGCUCGCAAUGGGCAGGUAUGGGUGCACAGCUUAUGCGUAUCCCCGUUUUUGCUGCUGCAAUUGAAAGGUGUCGCGCCGUGUUAGAGCCUAAAGGUGUAGACAUUGUUCACAUCAUAACAUCGCCUCAGAAAGAAAUCUUUGACAACAUUCUGCACUCCUUCGUGGGUAUUGCCGCCAUUCAGAUUGGGUUGACUGAUAUCCUCCGAGAAAUGGGAAUAGUCCCCGACAAAAUUAUUGGACACAGUGUCGGAGAAUUGGGUUGCGCGUACGCAGACGGGUGUUUCACUGCUGAAGAGAUGAUUCUGUCAGCUUACAGCCGAGGUUUGGUGUCUGUACAGACUCCAUUUAUACACGGUUCUAUGGCUGCAGUGGGAUUGGGAUACAAGCAGAUUGUUGACAUGUGCCCACCAGAAAUUGAAGUGGCAUGUCAUAAUUCUGCUGAAUCCAGCACAAUUUCUGGACCAUCUGACGCUAUGCGUGAAUUUGUCACCCAGCUGACUGCUAAAGGAAUCUUUGCCAAAGAGGUUCCUUGCUCAAAUAUCGCGUAUCACUCCAGAUACAUUAAGGAAGCUGGUCCCGGAUUACUCAAAUACCUGACUGAAGUGAUCAAGUCCCCCAAGGAGCGUAGCGACCGCUGGGUGUCUACCUCUGUGCGUCAAGACAAGUGGGAUCAACCUUACGCAAAGUUUUCCUCUGCGGAAUAUCACACCAACAACCUUUUGAAUCCCGUUCUCUUUGAAGAAACUUCAACUUUAGUACCUUCAAAUGCUGUGAUGAUCGAGGUGGCUCCUCAUGGACUGCUGCAGGCCAUCCUGAAGCGAUCUCUCCCUGCCACAUGCACACACGUUCCUCUCACCAGGCGGGGGCACCCUGACAAUGCUCUGUUCUUCCUUGAAGCUAUUGGCAAGUUGUACAUGGAAGGAUACAAUCCCAGAAUGCAGGCGCUGUACCCCAAGGUCGAGUUCCCAGUUUCAACUGGAACACCGAUGUUAUCUCAUCACGUAGAGUGGGCUCAUCAUGAGAAAUGGACUGUACCUCUCCACAUACCUGCAAACAGAAGACUGGCAGCUUCAUCUCAAUUUAUAAUCUCCACUUAUGAUGAUGAGCACAAGUUCCUUCAGGGCAAUGUCCAUGAAGGGCAAACUUUGUACCCAUUCAGUGGUGCUCUAGUGUGUGUAUGGGACACCCUUGCCAUGUCUCAGGGUGCGAUGCGGCAGAAGAUAUCGGUUCAGUUCCAGAACAUACACUUUUAUGAACAACCCCGCAUAUACGAAGACAAGUUGUUGAGGCUGACAACUCAAUUGCAGAAGGGCAGUGGAUACUUUGAGGUCAUGCAAGAAAACACUAAGAUCAUAUCCGGAUACAUAUACAGCGAAGCUACACACAAACAAGAAGUUCCUGCCAUAUGUGAAGAGUCCAAGCUCGACGACACUAUUCUGCCUCAACAGGAUGUUUACAAGAUUUUCCACGACCGCGGCUCCUUCUACAGGGGUGAUUUUAGAAGCAUCCUUAACAUCAAUGAGGAAUGUACCCGUGCUCAGGUGGCAUGGUCUGGCAACUGGGUGACACUACUGGACUCUUUAGUCCAAGUCCAAGCCCUUACUAGAGAGUACAACGGUAUAUCCGAACCCAGAUUUGUACGAAGAAUUAAAAUUGAUAUUAAAGAACAUGCGCAGUACCACCAACUUGGUGAAAACAUGAACCAGUUCGAAGUUUACAACGGAGUUAAAACUGGAGUCACUAGAUGCGGUGGAAUUGUCAUAGAAGAUAUGAAGUUCCGUGACACACCAAGAGUGCCACCAAAGUCUAUCUCUUUGAAAUCAUUACAAUUUAUACCCUUCUUCCAAUUGAAUGAUAUUAAGGUCAAACAAGUGUUGAAUGUAUACGUGCAAAUAGUAGCAGAAAACCUCAACAAAAGUAUAAUUAAUGUGGUAGAAAUUAAAAAUACAAACGGAGCUACAUUUGAAAGAGAAAUGAGAGACUUGGAGAAGAAUAUUCCCGGAUUACAUGUGAACUUCGAAACUGUGAAGGGAGAAAACAUUGCCGACUACGAGAACCAGUUGCUCAAAUCUGCUGAUUUAGUUCUUGUCCGUAGUCUCAGUACUAGUGACAAUAUGGGCGAGUUACUGUAUGGCACAAUACCAAAGGACAUAUUUGUUUUGACCACGGAAGUGUCCGGUUCAAGCUCUGUCCCGCAAGCGUUGUGUCGCCCCGUAGCAUCAGCCGCGACCUCUCGUGGAAGGCUAGUGCUGGCUCGCUGGAGGCCUGCCUUGAGCUCGGGGGCUUCUGCCGCUAUAUCUGUUACUGAUGCAUCAGACGUAGCCCUCCUGAGGACUACCAGACAAAGUCUGAGAGCCGAUGAUCGUCUUGUUAUUCUCACCAGUUAUCCGCCUCCUCAAGGAUUGAAAGAACUUGUCAAAACAUGGAGGAAAGAAAGUGAGCGUAACAAGAUUUACGUUGCAAUGAUUAAUCACAAAAUAACCAAAGAUCAACAACUGGAGCAACUUCCUAACUUCGAGUUAGCCUUUAACAUAUUGGACCAUGGUGCAUGGGGAGGUGAAUAUUUUGUAGAUUGUGAUGAUCAUCUAUCAGAGAAUGAUCACAAUGUAACCCUACGCAGCAAAAACUUCAACGAUUUGGACAAACUGUACUGGGAAGAAAAAGUUCAGCCCAACCCAAAUGAAGUUAACGUAAAGGUCCACUAUGCUGGACUAAAUGUUCGCGAUGCCAAGAAAGCUUCGGGGUCUAUACCUUACAUUAUGGAAUUAGAUGUAGAGCAAGGUUAUGGAAUGGACUUCAGUGGUGUAACUGAAAGUGGAGAACGAGUAAUGGGAGUGGUAAGCGGAGGAGCAGCGUCGUCUCAGGUGGCCGCCGAGCCAGCCAUGCUGUGGCCAGUGCCGAAACACUGGAGCCUUGAGGACGCCGCCACUGUACCACUGCCUUAUGCUUAUGCCUUCUAUUGCCUGGGCAUCAAAGCUGAGCUCAUUCCUGGUAUGAAAAUUUUGGUCCACGGAGCUACUGGAGCUCUCGGACUUGCAGUUAUUUCUAUAGCUCAAGCCUUCAAUUGUGAGGUCUUCGCCACCGUUAGUGACACCAAGAAGAAACACUUUUUACGCAAAAUUUUCCCAUCUUUACCAGAGGAUCACAUUGGAAAUUCACGUGACGAAUCUUUUGGUGAUAUGGUGUACCACCAUACUAAUGGAAAGAGGUGUCAAAUUGUUAUUUGCUGCAUUGAAGGUGAACUUAAAAACAUCGCAAUCAAAUGCUGUUCAAUGGCUGGCAUGGUGUUGGACACCAAUCAAAUCACUUGCAAGGAAAACUUCGAGUUUGGAAUGAAUCAUCUGUCGGAAGAAAGGAGUUACUACCCCAUCGACUUCGCAUCCAUAUUUGUGAAUAACAACCGAAAGGAAAUGCAAGAUAUCCAGCUGAUGUUGAGCGAGGGGAUCGCGAAGGGCUACGUGCGCCCGCUGAGCCGAGUGACGUUCGACGCCAUGGAGGCCGGCCGCGCCAUGCACCUGCUAGCCGCCAGCCAGCACCGGGGCAGGGUGCUGCUGCACCUGCGAGGGGACUCGCUGGCCGCUACGCCUAGGCUCACAGUGUCAUCCAACGGCAGUCACCUUCUUCUGAGUGCUAGCACAGAUGACACCCUGGUCGGCCAUAUUGUGGACCGUCUCAUUGCCAGGGGUGCCAAGAAGAUCAUCCUGCACCGUCAACGAAAGACUGUUGCUGACCCGUACAUCAUGAUCAAAAUCAAGAAAUGGAAGAAACUUGGGGUUGAUGUUAAGGUUACAGAACAGAAUCUGAUUAGCGUGGAAAAUGUGCAAGCCAUGAUUAAAGAAUGCAACGAUCUCGGGCCUGUGGAAGGCGUCUACUUCAUCACGACGGGAGUUGUUGGCGACAGAAUGCAAUCGGAACUAAAUUGUGCAUUGAGCAACUUGGACUUUGUGACGAGAAAGAUUUGCUCUUCAAUCAAAUAUUUCGCGGUCAUCAACGAAAACAAAACUAUCGGGCAGGAGUUAUGCAUCAACAGAACUUCCGACAGGCUGCAAUCGACAAUGCUCAUUUUACCAAAACUCAACAAGUUCAGUGAAGAAGCACAUCUUGAAGUUUGCAACAAGGACCUUGGUUUGUCCCUCACGGCGGCGGCAGAGGCCAUGGAGCUGGCGGUCAGGGCGAAGAGUCCGGUGCAACUGGCGCAAGUGACGACCGCACCUUCCCGCAACUUGCUGAGUCACGUCGCAGCUAUAGCUGGAAUCAAGGUGACAGAGUACACGCCAGAAAAUCUAACCCUCGAACAAUUGGGCUUCGACGUUUACCGCGCUAACGAGGUGGCAAAAUAUUUGGAUGAAAACUUCUGUCUCACCUUAGAAAGUGAGAGUGUGCCAAAGUUAACCAUUUCUAGAAUCCGUGAGCUGGAAAAGCAGACAGAGAACAUGGAUAAGGGAAAGACUGGUUUGAGCGUAAUCUACAGUUAUGUAGACCCCGACGAGCUGAUGGGCACCCUUGAGUUGCUGUUCGUUCCAACAAUGACCCACAGUGCUGCUACGCGUGAAGAUGAAUUCUACAAUGAAGACACUUACCUCGUUCUAGUACCAGGUCUAGAAGGAAACUACAGAAAGUUCAAUAGCCUCUGUGAAAGAUUGAAACUGGCGGCAGUCGUCAUCCAGCCUGGUUUAGAGAACCCACAUGAAAGUAUUCAGGACAUGGCAAUGAGAUUGUCCAAGGUCAUGAUGAAGAAACUUCAACCAAAGAAGCGAUUCUUCAUUUUGGGGUAUUCGUUUGGUGUUAUGAUCGCUUUAGAGAUGGCAGCCAUCUUGGAAGAGCAUGGUCUAACUGGUACGGUGUAUUGCGUGGACGCGAGCCCGGACACGUUCCCGGCGGCGCUGGAGGGCUGGCUGCGCGAGGCGGGCGCCACGGACGAGGCGCGCCUGCAGGACGCGCUGGUGCAGCACAUGUACACGCUCAUGACCGACAGCAGCUCCGACCAGCUCACACUGCAGCUGAAGAACGCCGGCUCAUGGAAAGAGAAAGUGGAAGCGUGCGUGAGCACCCUGCGAGGCCGCGUCUCCCAUUCUGCGCAGUACGCCCGCAGUAUGAUCGAGGCUACGCUCGGUCGAAUGGAAGUGGUUCGCUCGUACAACCCUCAGAAGUUGCGUGAGAACCCUUUGAUCUCGCAAAUCGUGGUACUACGAUCCGACUGCCAGCCAGCUUCGGUGAGGCCGGACCUGGGCCUGGCCAGCUACUCGCAACAAGCCCCGGUCGUCUACACCCUGAGUGCCGACCACGCGUCUGCUCUAGAUGACCUGCGCUGCGCCAACAUCGUCAAUAGACAUCUCGACGAAUCGAUCAAGGAGGCAUUCCUCAAGAGGAAUCUGUGCGAGUCGUACCUACUAAACGCUGAUACGUUCAUGGGCAUGGCUGAAAUUGAUGAAGUUGAUUAAUUAUUGUAAAUCAUUGUAAUGUAAGUUAAGUACUUAAGUACAUAUUUAAAUAAAAAAUGGUUUUAUGUUUA